AUGUCCUUUGAAUAUUCUCAAGAAAUUAUCAAUGAUUUGGAAAAAUUACUUAAAGCUGAAGAAGAAUAUAAUGUUUUUAUCUAUGCUGAUGGAAAUGAAAAUAUAAGAGAAAUUCAUGCACGUUCAAUUUUAUUACGCAUUAGGUCUCAAUAUUUUCGUACGGCAUUCUCAGAAGAAGGAUGCUUCGUUAAACAUCAGCACGAGUUUUUACAACAAAAUCCUUUAGAAAUUCUUGGAAACUGUUUACCAACGUGA